GCACCCCCCACUCCGACUCCCGCCAUGGCUUCCAUGGGGCUGCAGGUGAUGGGCAUCGCGCUGGCCGUGCUGGGCUGGCUGGGCGUCAUACUGUGCUGCGCGCUGCCCAUGUGGCGCGUGUCGGCCUUCAUCGGCAGCAACAUCGUCACUUCGCAGACCGUUUGGGAGGGCCUGUGGAUGAACUGCGUGGUGCAGAGCACGGGCCAGAUGCAAUGCAAGGUGCACGACUCGCUGCUGGCUCUGCCGCAGGACCUGCAGGCGGCCCGCGCGCUCCUGGUGGUCAGCAUCGUAGUGGCCGCGCUGGGGGUGCUGCUGUCCGUGGUGGGCGGCAAGUGCACCAACUGCGUGGAAGAUGAGAGUGCCAAGGCCAAGAUCAUGAUUUGCACGGGCGCCGUCUUCCUGGUGGCUGGCCUGCUGGCCAUCGUGCCCGUGUCCUGGACGGCGCAUAACGUCAUCCGCGACUUCUACAACCCGCUGGUGGGCGCGGGCCAGAAGCGGGAAAUGGGCGCGGGUCUCUAUAUCGGCUGGGCCGCCGCGGGCCUGCUGAUGCUCGGCGGGGGGCUGCUCUGCUGCAACUGCCCGCCCCGCACCGACAAACCCUACUCUGCCAAGUACUCGGCUGCCCGCUCCGGCCCCGCCAGCAACUACGUCUAAGGCUCGGUGGAUUCUUAACCCCGCAAAGA